AUGUACGGACUGUACGAUUCUACAGUGGCGAACAUUUUAGUUUUCGGAUGCUUCUACCUGGUCCAGAUAACAGUCCCCGCUGUCAUCCUCAUCACCGCGCGCAAAAGAUCCCUCUUACGCUACCUCUGCAUCCCAUGUAUGCUAUGGGCAGCCAGUCACUUUAUCCAACCAUUUGGCGCAUCUGGUAGUCCAGAAUGGUGUCAAGCGAUAACUCAGCUUGUUAUUGUGGCUAUGCAAGCCCUGAACUUCUUGUUGAUUAACGCCAUGGAUAGCCAAGAGAUUUCAUGCGGCGCAAAGAGUAAUCAAAGAUUUGGAUCUCGAUUUGUGAUGGCUAUUCGCCUGCUUGGACAAACUCGCGCCAUCAAUACACCGUGGCAGGUGAAGAAUGUGCCUUCUCAUCCUCAAUAUUACAUUCGACGGGGUAUGCCAGUUCUAAGAAGAGGGCGGUUCCUUCUGCGGCAGUUUGUCAUUGCAGUCUGGCAAUAUCUUGUUCUUGAUCUUGUUCAAACUACUUCACAACAGCAAGCUAUGGACAAGGUCCCUGAAGAAUCCAUGAAGUCAAUUCAGUGGAUUGUACCCGCGGGCCAAUGGGUAGAACGGAUUGGCACCCAUAUUUCUAUUUGGUUUAUAGUAAACCGCUUGAUCGGUGAUCUUCCUUAUCGGGUUCUAUCAAUCAUAUUCGUUGGAACUGGACUUGAUUCUCCUUCUGAUUGGCCGCCAGCCUGGGGGAGAAUGGGUGAUGCAUAUACAUUGCGCAACUUCUGGGGAAAGUUUUGGCAUCAGUUCAUGCGCAGGCCUUUCACUUCCAUUAGCAAUUUCGUUUCGCGGGAUGUCCUGAACUUGACGCGAUCCUCAUUGUUGGAGCGAUACACCAAUAUUUUCAUCGUAUUCCUCAUCUCCGCAGCAUUUCACAUUAUUGUCGAUAUAUUGCAGAGUAUUUCGAUGGAGAAAUCCGGGUCAAUGCCAUUCUAUCUUGCAUUUAUCCUUGGAAUAAUGCUGGAGGACGGUGUACAAGAGCUUUGGAAACAUAUUCAAUACAAGAACGAGCCUAAUACCAAAGCAAAGUCAUCACCAAAGGAAGACGUUCCCUUUUGGAAGCGGUCUAUUGGACUAGUCUGGGUCAUGCUAUGGCUUGGAGUCACCUCGACAUGGUACUUCACACCGAUGAUUCAAUCCACCACAGAAGAUGUGCGCAUGGUUCCCGUCAGCGCUGCCAGAUACAUUGGUCUCGGGCCACUGAUUGGUAUUGUGGUCACCAGCGGUGCAAUUAUUACAUAUACAUUCGAGAUCGAGAUAUAA